AUGCAGGACGCCUGGACUGCUCGCAAAGCUGAGGAGAUCCAAGGCUACGUGGACCGCAACGAAUGGAAGAACUUCUUCUCUGCGAUCAAAGCUGUCUACGGUCCGCCAACGAAGGACACUGCCCCUCUCCUCAGCGCCGACGUUAGCACUCUCCAGACUGAGAAGACACAAAUUCUGCAGCGAUGGGCUGAGCAUUUUCGAGGCGUCCUCAACCGCCCUUCGGCCAUCUCUGACGCCGGUAUCGCGCGUUUGCCGCAAAUGCAGACCAACGUGGAGCUCGAUCUCCCGCCAUCUCUCCAGGAAAUCAUCAGAACCGUGCAACAGCUCUCCAGCGGGAAAGCACCCGGAUCGGACGCAAUCCCUGCUGAGGUCUACAAGCACGAAGGUCCCCAACUGAUGGAUCACCUGACUGCGCUCUUCCAGCAGAUGUGGCGUCAAGUCGAAGUCCCGCAAGAUUUCAAGGACGCAACGAUCGUGCAUCUCUACAAGCGCGAAGGGAAUCGCAUAGUCUGCGACAAUCACCGCGGCAUCUCCUUGCUGAACAUCGCUGGGAAGAUCUUCGCACGAAUCCUCCUCAACCGCCUCAAUAACCAUCUCGAACAGGGCCUUCUGCUUGAAAGCCAAUGCGGUUUCCGUCGUCAUCGUGGGACCACAGACACGAUCUUUGCCGCCCGUCAACUUCAGGAGAAGUGCCAGGGGAUGCGGACCCACCUGUACUCUACCUUCGUGCACCUGACGAAAGCCUUCGACACGGUGAAUCGUGAAGGACUGUGGAAGAUCAUGCAGAAAUUCGGCUGUCCGGAGCGAUUCAUUCAGAUGGUGCGUCAGCUGCACGACGGUAUGAUGGCGCGAGUCACGGACAACGGAGCUGUCUCAGAGGCAUUCGCAGUGACCAAUAGAGUGAAGCAGGGCUGCGUACUGGCACCUACCCCCUUCAGUCUUAUGUUCUCUCCCGUGCUGAUGGACGCCUACCGCGACGAACGCCCCGGGAUCCGCAUCGCAUACAGGACGGACGGUCGCCUCCUGAAUCAACGGCGGAUGCGCUUCCAAUCGCGCGUAUCCACAACCACUGUUCACGAACUCCUCUUCGCCGACGACUGCGCCCUGAACACCACCUCGGAAGAGGAGAUGCAACGGAGCAUGGACCUGUUCUCCGCCACCCUUGAGAACUUCGGUCUGGCCAUUAACACGCAGAAGACGGUGGUGAUGCACUAA